AAAUGUACUUCAGUAGUAAUCGUGCGAUCAUUUGGUUCAUUUCGUUGAGAGUCAAGUUGACGACGGUAGCCAAACGGCACAUGUUAAUCGAGUGUUUACUAAUGCAAUAGAAAUGUGAACAACCUCCCGGCAGGUGUCAGCUGUUUACGCUUUCUAGAGCUCUUGACGGCAAGGAAAGGACGCCAGUUUUGAUUACGGUUCUGUACGACUGCUUGAAUUGGCAUUUUGUGAAUCGUUACGUGCGGAGGCAUGAUGGCGUGGAAGCUACUUGUGUUUUGUUUAGCGCUUCUCGGUAACAAGGCGAUAGUGGAGACAGCGACAAUCAUCGAUUCUGGCGAACGGGCGGUGAAAGUUCGGCUCAAUGAGGAACCCGUGAUUGGAAUUCUAGCCCAGGAGAUGUCCUACAGUUUGGCCGCCAAGUACGAGGAGGACUUCGAAAGCUACAUCGCUGCAUCCUACGUGAAGUUUAUCGAAGGUGCCGGUGCGCGGGCUGUCCCUAUUUGGAUAAACAAACCACGUUCGUAUUACGAAGGUAUCCUACCAUUGCUAAACGGGGUACUGCUCCCCGGAGGUUCAACCUGGUUCAAUCAAUCAAAUGGUUACGCCGAUGCCGGACGUCACAUCUACGACAUCGCUACGCAGCUAAACUAUGAUGGAAGCUAUUUUCCGAUUUGGGGCACAUGUCUAGGUUUCGAACUACUCACAUAUCUCGCUGUUAACGGGACCGAACAUCGUGCUCAUUGCAGUUCCAACAACCAAGGUCUGCCGCUGAAGUUCGAGAUAGACUUUCGAAAAAGUCGUAUGUUCGGAUCGGCUCCCGAUGAUGUCGUCGAAAUACUGGCCAGCGAGCCUGUCACUCCAAACUUUCACCAGUACUGUGUAACUCAGAGGAACUUCACUGCCCUUAAUUUGAGCCAUGAUUGGAGAGUGAUGUCUACAAACCAGGACUGGAACGGUCUGCAGUUUAUUUCCACCAUAGAGCACAAAACUUUGCCAUUCUACGGUAUUCAGUUCCAUCCGGAGAAGAACAUUUACGAGUGGGUCCGUAACAAAAACAUCUCGCACACUCCGGACGCUAUCAAAGCUGCCCAGUAUUUCGCGAAUUUUUUCGUCGAUGAAGCCCGCAAAAGUGACCAGCAUUUCACCAGCCAGAGCGACCUCGAUAGGCAUGUGAUCUACAAUUUCCCCGCCUAUUUUACUGGUUUGAAAAAUUCGGCGUUUGAGCAGUGCUACUUGUUCCUAGGUAAUGUUACUUAUUUGGAUGAAAUUCCACCGAUCUAUACUCCAAACCACCCGGAUGAUGACGGGGCUGAAUUGGCUGGGCACGGGAAAAAUUGCUCUUCGGCAUCAGAACAAAAAUACGUAGAAAGAAAGAAGCCAAAGUGCAGCAAACAAAAGUGCAAACAAUAAUCGAUGUGCACUGAAGUCGGCUGUGAAACAAGAAAUUUAAAUUAAUUGAAUCAAUUAUGAUAACACUGGAGCCGUGCGAUUGGGGGUACGCCCAAUCAUACUGCGAAAAAAAUAACAAUACACUGAUGCCGACCUCGAUGACUUCAUAGUAUUUUAUUUGCCUUAAUUAAAGCAUAUCA